AUGUUGAGUUUUGUUGGGUAUGGCAGUGGUUCAAUGUGGAUUAAGGACUCGAGCGGUCGAUUACCAUUGAUGAGUGCUGUUGAUGAUCCAGAUAUCCUUGAUUGUAUGCAAUUGCUGCUUUCGUGUAUGAUGGAAGAAACACCGGCAGAUGUUUCUUCGCUUUUGAGUCAAGAUCGCCGUCAAAGUACGUUGUUGCAUUCAAUUUGA